UCCCAUUUAUAGCACACCUAAUUGAUCAGCCUCUUUGUCUUUGUCACGUACAUAUUAUGGAAUCAGGAAGAGUAGCAGAGUUGCUUGAGAACAAGACCAUUCUGAUCACUGGCGCCACUGGAUUUCUUGCCAAAGUUUUGGUGGAGAAGGUAAUGAGGAGUCAACCGAAUGUGAAGAAGUUGUAUCUUGUGUUAAGGGCUGAAAACGCCAUCGCAGCCUCUCAACGCUUGCGUGACGAGGUAUUCAGUAAAGAUUUGUUCAGAGUUGUAAGGGAACGAUGGGGUACUGAGAAUUUCGACUCAUUUAUAAACAGCAAGGUUAUUCCCGUUGUUGGUGAUGUUUCUUCCAAUAAUUUGGGAAUAGAAGAUUCAAAUUUGAGAGAAGAAAUGUGGAGAGAAAUCGACUUCAUUAUCAAUUCUGCUGCAACUACAAGGUUUGAUGAAAGGUACGACGUCGCGUUGGGCACCAACACUUUUGGACCUUUCAAUGUCAUAAACUUCGCUACAAGAUGUGUCAAAGUCAAUAUGCUUCUUCAUGUAUCGACGGCUUAUGUAUGUGGCGAAAGAGAGGGACUUUUAUCAGAGAAAUCAUUUUAUAUGGGUGAAACUCUCAAAGGAACAACAAAGUUGAACGUUUAUGCCGAGAAGAAAAUUGUGGAGGAAAAUUUGAAACAACUCAAUGCACAGAAUGCUACAGAGAAAACAAUUACGUCCACCCUAAAAGAUCUCGGCAUGAAAAGGGCAAAGAUUCAUGGAUGGCCAAACACCUAUUCUUUCACUAAAGCAAUGGGAGAGAUGGUUCUUGGUGAGUGUAGAGAGAAUAUGUCUUUGAUCAUCAUACGCCCACCAGGUAUAUCAAGUACUUACAAAGAACCUUUCCCUGGCUGGAUUGAAGGUUUAAGAACCAUGGACACCGUAGUUAUAAAUUACGGCAAGGGAAAACUAAAAUGUUUUCUUGGUGGCUCAAAUACAGUCCUUGAUAUGAUUCCGGCAGAUAUGGUCGUAAACACAAUACUCAUAGCAAUGGUGGCUCAUGCAAAUCAAACACAAUCCAUACAAAUUGUGUAUCAUGUAGGUUCUUCCUUGAGAAAUCCUCUUACAUUAUCUAACAUUCUCAAAUUCACCAAAUGUUGCUUCCACACAAAUCCUUUGAUUAACAAAAAUGGGAAGCCGAUUAAAGUCAGUAAGGGCAAGUUAUUGAACAGCAUGGCUAAGUUCCGCAUAUACAUGACAGCUCGUUAUGCACUACCCUUAAAGGGGCUUCAUUUGGUGAAUGUGUUAUCUGGACAGCGGUAUAGUGAUACUUACAGAACAGCGAACAGGAAAUUCUCGCUGUUGAUGCGUUUGGUGGAAAUUUAUAGGCCUUAUGUACUCUUUAAGGGCAUCUUUGACGACACAAAUACUGAGAAAUUGAGAAUGGGAGGAAGAGAAGGCAGCAGGGAGGUGGAUCCGUAUAACUGUGAUCCUACUAGCUUCAACUGGGGAGACUACAUGAUUCAAAUUCACAUUCCUGGCCUUUUGAAAUAUGUUGUCAAGUGAUACACGCAUACAUAUAUACGUGU